CGCCUCCUCCGCCCGCCGAGAUGCUGGUGCUCCUGGUCUGCAUCCUCCUCUUCCACGUCGCCUCGGCCGCCCUGCUGUUCAUCGCCACCAUCCACAACGCCUGGUGGGUCGGGGAGGAGUUCCACGCUGACAUCUGGAAGGUGUGCGUCAAUGGCAGCUCCAACUGCACGGAAAUCGGGGCGCCCAUGGAGGGUCUCGCCACGAUGCAGACGGUGCAGGUGAGCAUGGUCCUGUCCACCACGCUGUGCUGCCUGGCCCUCCUCAUCUUCCUGCUGCAACUCUUCCGCCUCAAGCAGGGCGAGCGCUUCGUGCUCACCUCCAUCCUGCAGCUGCUGUCCUGCCUGUGCGUCAUGAUCGCGGCCUCCGUGUACGCGGACCAGCGCGAGAGCCUCCACCAGAGCAACGGGCUCAUCUACUCCGGCACGGCCGAGGGCGCCUACGGCUACGCCUUCGCGCUGGCCUGGCUGGCCUUCGCCUGCACGCUGCUCAGCAGCCUCAUGUACCUCGUCCUGCGCAAGCGCAAAUAGAGCCCGGCCCUCGGCGGAGCUCCGCCCCUCCGUCCACAGGGGCCACGCCC